AUGGGUGGAACACAACCCGAGGUAGUGGCACACCCUGUUGCAGAUCAAGUUGAUGAUGCUGUGAUAUAUCUCAAAGGUCAUGCAAAUGUGGCGCCUGACUCUCAAGUCAAUCUGCGGGCUUUACGUCGUAAAAUUGAUCGACGUUUAAUGCCGUGUAUGUUUUGCUGCUAUGUACUGCAGUUCCUGGACAAGGUCAUGCUGAACUAUGCAGCUGUUAUGGGGAUCAAGAAAGACUUGGGACUUGUCGGCAAUGAUUUUACUAACGUCGCUACAUGGUUCUUCAUUGCAUAUUUGAUCACGGAGGUGCCUAAUGUUUAUUGCUUGCAGAAAGCACCGCCUGCCAAAUGGCUCGGAGGAAAUGUUUUCCUUUGGGGAGUGGCGGCUGCCGCCUCCGCCGGCGCCCAAGGAUAUCCGACCCUGCUGGUCGCACGGAUUUUCCUGGGCAUUUUUGAAGCGACAGUCGGCCCAUCCUUGAUGCUUAUUAGCAGCCAGUAUUAUACCAGAAGCGAACAAGCUCCUCGAUUUACUAUAUGGUAUAUGGGUCUUGGUAUCGCCCAGAUCAUUGGAGGUAUCAUAUCUUUCGGUUUCCAGCAUGUACAUCAUGCCUCACUAGAGGGUUGGCGGAUUAUGUUUCUUGUUCUCGGGCUCGUGACAGCCUUCAUCGGCGUUCUAACGUUUUUCUUCAUCCCGGAUACACCGAUGAAGGCUCCCUGGCUGUCUGAAAACGAAAAAGUGGCGCUUCUUCAACAUGUCAGCGAGAACCAGACCGGAGUAUGGAGCACGGCUUUGAACCUGAAACAAAUCUGGGAGGCAAUCGCCGAUAUUCAGCUGUGGCUCCUAACUGUGACGACAAUUUUGAUAUCCGUGUCAAGUGGUGUGGUGACUACAUAUUCCUCGACUUUAAUUGCUGGGUUUGGUUUCUCGGGUCCCAUCUCGGCCCUUCUCAAUACCCCGUCAGGCGUCAUUGGCAUAUUCUUUACACUUCUCGUCGGAUUUGGCAUCCGAAAAACCUCCAAUCGCUGGGCAUGGAUUGUGCUCUGCACCAUUCCUGGAAUCAUCGGGGGAGGGUUGUUAUCCUUUCUACCCCAAAGCAACAAGGCUGGUGUCCUCAUCGGUAUCUAUCUUGUCAACGCAAUUGUAGCUACUCUUCCGAUUAUAUACCAGUGGACCAUGGCCAACUGCGCAGGACAUACCAAGCGUGCAUUUGCUAGUGCGCUGGUUGCUGGAUCUUUCUCGGUCGGAAACAUCAUAGGUCCACAGACUUUCCAGACACACGAUGCACCAGGAUACCAACCCGCCAAGAUUGCAGUUCUCGCAACACAGGCUGCAGCGGCUGUACUAUCUGUCAUGCUCCUGUUGUAUUACAAGUGGCAAAACAGCUAUAGAGAUCAAACCAAGGGCCGCGUGGAUGAAAGCAGGGCCAAUGAGACAAGGUGGGCUGGGCUCACUGAUAAGCAAAAUCCGUCCUUCCGUUACGUCUACUGA